UCCACGUUCCGCGUCGCCGCCUGGAGGUGCAGCCCCUGCCGCGAGGCGGAUGACUUCUCCCUUUCCCGCGGAAGGAGCGGACCCACCCCGCACAGGUCGGUCCCGGCUGUCACCCCGCGGCUCCCCGCCGUUAACCCCACCGCCUGCGGGGCAUGCGUGAGCCAGCGAGCGUCUGCUAACGGGAAGGGAAGCUUUAGCUCACGACGUCUCCCGCCAACACCGAGAUGGAGCGGCUGUGCGGACCGAAGCUGCCGUUCUGGGAGCUCAACAGCACGUUCCACACCGACCAGCCGGACCUGCCGCUCUGCUUCCAGCUGUCCGUGCUGGCGUGGCUGCCGUGCGUCUACCUGUGGGUCGUCAGUCCCGUCUACCUGUUCUACCUGAAGAGGAACAACAAGGGCUACAUCAUGGUGUCCAUCCUGAACCGCGUCAAGACGGUGUUCGGCCUGUUCCUGUGGAUCGUGUGUUGGACCGACCUCUUCUACUCCUUCCACGAGAUGCAGCAGAGCCAGACGCCGCCGCCCAUCUUCUUCAUCACGCCGCUGGUUCUCGGCGCCACCAUGCUGCUGGCCACGUUCCUGAUCCAGAGCGAGCGGCUGCACGGCGUCCAGUCCUCCGGCGUGCUCUUCAUCUUCUGGUUCCUGUCCGUGCUGUGCGCCAUCGUGCCGUUCCGCUCCAAGAUCCUGAAGGCCUCUGCCGAGAGCGAAAUCCCCGACCGGCUGCGCUUCACCACCUUCUACUUCUACUUCAGCCUGGUGGUGUGCGAGCUGAUCCUCUGCUGCUUCAAUGAGAGCCCGCCGCUGUUCUCCAGCACCGUCACGGAUCCCAAUCCCUGUCCUGAAACCACGGCGGGUUUUCUUUCCUCCAUGACGUUCUGGUGGUUCACCAGUUUGGCCUUCAAAGGAUACAAAAUGCCGCUGGAGGCCAAAGACCUGUGGUCCCUGAAGAAGCGCGACAGCUCGGAGGAGAUGGUCCCCAGACUCCUCCGGGAGUGGAAGAAGGAGCAGGCCAAGGCCAGGAGCGAACAGAAUCUGUCCGGCCAGGCGCUGUACGCCAAACCGUCCUCGCCGACCACCAACCACCUGUCAGGAGGCGAGGCGGGCGAGGCCGGUCCACAGGAAGCCGACGUGCUGCUGGCCAAUCAGAAAGCUCCCAAACAGCCGUCCUUCCUGCGAGCGCUCCUCAAAGCCUUCGGGCCGUACUUCCUGAUAGGCUCCGCCUACAAGCUGCUGCAGGACAUCAUCACCUUCGUCAACCCGCAGCUGCUCAGCCUCCUGAUCUCCUUCACGAAGCAGGACGACGUUCCUCUGUGGUGGGGCUACACGCUGGCCUUCCUCAUGUUCUUCACCGCCUUCCUGCAGACGCUCAUCCUGCACCAUCACUUCCAGUACUGCUUCGUCACCGGCAUGAACAUCCGCACCGCCCUCAUCGGCGCCAUCUACAGGAAGGCUCUCGUCAUCACCAACGCCGCCAAGCGCUCGUCCACGGUGGGAGAAAUCGUCAACCUGAUGUCUGUGGACGCGCAGAGGUUCAUGGACCUCACGGCCUUCCUGAACAUGCUGUGGUCGGCUCCUCUGCAGAUCAUGCUGGCUCUCUACUUCCUCUGGCAGAACCUCGGCCCGUCUGUGCUCGCCGGAGUGGCCGUCAUGGUCAUGCUCAUCCCUCUGAACGCCUUCAUCGCCAUGAAGACGCGCGCCUAUCAGGUGGAGCAGAUGCAGCACAAAGACGCUCGGAUCAAACUGAUGAACGAGAUCCUGAACGGCAUCAAAGUGCUGAAGCUCUACGCCUGGGAGGACUCCUUCAAGCAGAAGGUUCUGGACAUCCGGCAGAAGGAACUCAACGUUCUGCGCAAAACCGCAUACCUGGGCGCGCUGUCCACCAUGGCCUGGACCAGCGCCCCCUUCCUGGUCGCCCUGACGUCGUUCGCCGUGUACGUGUCCGUGGACGAGAACAACGUUCUGGACGCCAAGAAGGCCUUCGUGUCGCUCUCGCUCUUCAACAUCCUCAGGUUUCCUCUCAACAUGCUCCCCCAAGUGAUCAGCAGCAUGGCCCAGGCCAGCGUGUCUCUGAAGAGGAUCCAGAACUUCCUGAGUCACGACGAGCUGGACCCGGACUCCGUGGACCGGAAGAACACGUCUGCCGACUUCUCUGUGGCCGUGGUCAACGGGACGUUCUCCUGGUGGAAGGACCAAAGCCCGGUUCUGCACAGCAUCAGCGUGAUGGUUCCUCGCGGCUCGCUGCUCGCCGUGGUCGGCCCCGUCGGCUGUGGGAAGUCCUCCCUGAUCUCCGCUCUGCUGGGAGAGAUGGAGAAGGUGGAGGGGGAAGUGUCCGUCCGGGGCUCAGUGGCCUACGUCCCCCAGCAGGCGUGGAUCCAGAACGCCACGCUGCGGGACAACAUCCUGUUUGGGAAAGCCUUCAACGAGCAGAAGUACCGCUCGGUCCUGGACGCCUGCGCCCUCACGCCGGACCUGGAGGUGCUGCCCGGAGGAGACCUGACCGAGAUCGGAGAGAAGGGAAUCAACCUGUCGGGGGGGCAGCGCCAGAGGGUGAGCCUGGCCCGGGCGCUCUACAGCGACGCCGAGGUCUACCUGCUGGACGACCCGCUGUCCGCCGUGGACGCACACGUGUCCAAACACAUCUUUGACCACCUGAUCGGGCCGGAGGGGCUGCUGAAGGAGAAGACGCGCGUCCUGGUCACGCACGGCAUCAGCUUCCUGCCGCAGGUGGACAACAUCCUGGUGCUGGGGGAGGGGCGCGUGUCGGAGAUGGGCUCCCACCAGGAGCUGCUGAAGCAGAACGGCGCCUUCGCCGAGUUCCUGCGAAACUACGCUAUGGAGGACAUCCUGGAGGAGGAGGCUGAAGACGAGCUGCUGGACGAGGUGGAGUUCUUCCCUGAAGACGCGCUGAGCAACCAUCACUCCGACAUGAUGGAGAACGAGCCGGUGAUGAACGAGGCGCGGAAAGCCUUCAUGAGGCAGAUCAGCGUCCUGUCUGCGGACGGCGAGAACCCGCGCACACGCUCGGUGCGGCGGCACGGCUGCAGCCAGAGGAAGCGCGCCGAGCCGCCGGAGAAGAAGAAGGAGGUGGAGAAGCUGAUCCAGGCAGAGACGGCGGAGACCGGACGGGUGAAGACCACGGUGUACCUGGAGUACGUGAAGGCGGUGGGUGUGCUCCUGUCGGCGCUCAUCAUCCUGCUGUACGGCUGCCAGAGCGCCGCCGCCAUCGGCUCCAACAUCUGGCUGAGCCAGUGGACCAAUGACGCCACGGGGAACCACACCAGGGAGAACGUGCAGAUGAGGGUGUCGGUGUACGCCGCGCUGGGCAUCACGCAAGGUUUGCUGGUUCUGGUAAACUGCCUGCUUUGCCGGGUCUACAGCACGCUGCGCGCCGCCCAGCUCAUGCACUACAACAUGCUGCAGGGGGUGCUGCGGGCCCCCCAGGCCUUCUUCCAGAGCACCCCCUCGGGGCGGUUACUGAACCGCUUCAGCAAAGACAUGGACGCUAUAGACUCCCUCAUCCCUGACAAUAUUGACAUAUGGAUGCGCACCUUCUGGUACACACUGAAUGUGCUGCUCAUAUGCUCCGCCCUCACCCCCGUGUUCCUCAUAGUCGUAGCCCCGUUAAUGCUGUUCUAUUGGUGGGUUCAGAGGUUUUACGUGGCCACGUCUCGGCAGCUGAAGCGUCUGGAGUCGGUCAGCCGCUCUCCCAUUUACUCGCACUUCUCCGAGACCGUCACCGGCUCCAGCGUCAUCCGAGCCUACGGCAGGCUCGACGCCUUCGUGCUGAUGAGCGACGCCAAGGUGGACGAGAACCAGAAGAGCCACUACCCCGGGAUCGUGUCCAACAGGUGGCUGGGAGUCCGGAUCGAGUUCAUCGGGAACUGCAUCGUUCUGUUCGCCGCGCUGUUCGCCGUCAUCUGGAAGGAGACGCUGAGCCCGGGUCUGGUGGGGCUGUCGGUGUCCUACGCCCUGCAGGUGACCAUGUCUCUGAACUGGAUGGUCCGGAUGACGUCAGACCUGGAGAACAACAUCGUGGCGGUGGAGCGGGUCAAGGAGUACUCGGAGACCAAACCGGAGGCUCCCUGGGAGGUGGAGGACAAGAAGCCCCCCCCCGAAUGGCCCAUGGAGGGGAAGGUGGAGUUCCAGGACUACAGCGUCCGGUACAGAGAGGGUCUGGACCUGGUCCUGAGGAGCAUCACGCUGAACGUGAAGGGAGGGGAGAAGAUCGGCAUCGUGGGCCGGACGGGGGCCGGGAAGUCCUCCAUGACGCUCUGCCUCUUCAGGCUGCUGGAGGCGGCAGGAGGAGAGAUCACCAUCGACGGCGUGAAGAUCGCAGAGAUCGGCCUCCACGACCUGAGGUCCAGACUGACCAUCAUUCCUCAGGAACCCGUCCUGUUCUCAGGGACCCUGAGGAUGAACCUGGACCCGUUCGACAGAUACUCGGACGAAGACGUGUGGAAAGCUCUGGAACAUUCCCACCUGCACCGGUUUGUCCAGAACCAGCCGAUGAAGCUGCAGAUGGAGUGCUCCGAGGGAGGAGAGAACCUCAGUGUGGGUCAGCGGCAGCUGGUGUGUCUGGCUCGAGCUCUCCUGAGGAAGACCAGGAUCCUCAUCCUGGAUGAAGCUACCGCCGCCAUCGACCUGGAGACCGACGACCUGAUCCAGUCCACCAUACGGACCCAGUUUGAGAGCUGCACCGUCUUCACCAUCGCACACAGACUCAACACCAUCAUGGACUACACAAGAGUUCUGGUGUUGGACAAGGGAAAGAUCGCAGAGUUCGACACGCCCACCAACCUCAUCUCCAAGAGAGGGAUCUUCUACGGCAUGGCCAAAGACGCCGGCCUGGCUCAGUGAGGGCGCCGCGUGACCUUUCUCCUGCUCGGUCGCGGGGAUCGCCCGGCGCCUCCAGGCCGCCGUCGCCUCGUCUCACCAGCAUCUGCGGCGCCUGAACAGGAACCAGAAGCCAUAACCGCAAGCGCCGCUCGCCGGCGCCGCGCUGCCUUCAGUGCCUUCAGCUGUGGGAGAAAACGCCAGUGAACGCAUCAUCAGCUGAGAGGAGGAACCAUUUCUACCAGCAGACGAACACUGAGCCGCUCCGGGAGGAACACCGCCACAUGUUUUUGUACUGUUAUUUAUGCUUCUUUAGGGACCUUUGCUGUUAGCCACGUGAUUCUUCUAUGAAACUUGAAUGACUGUACCACAAAAUGCUGAAUAUCUUUAUUAAAAAAUGGGAACAAAAACA